CUCGAUCAAAGUCGAACUCGAUCCUCGAGGAUAGCUGUUCGUGCUCGCCCACCAUCCUCCCAACGACCCAUAUCGUGUCCCCGUACGCCAUCUCGUUCUACUUGGAGAUAUGAUUGGGACUCCAUCUCUCAAAGCUAGCUAUCAGCCAACUAUCAACAAGGCACAAAAAACGGUGCAUGACGAGAGACUGGCAUUUCAUAAGAAAGGAUUUUGUCCUCAUCAUAAUGAUGUCAAAAUUGUCAAAGGAGGUAUCAUGAAAAAAAAACACAUUGGAUGCUGGAAAUGUGAUAAGCUCUUUGAAAUUGAAGUUCAGAACAGUUCUAAUCCUAUUGGGUCUGUUAUAACUGUUCCAGAAACCCAAAUGCCAUUUGUCGAUGAAAGAUCUAUCUCUAAUGCUUCUCCUAUUGUCGAUGUCCCUGUCAAUUCCGAGCUUAAGAAGUUGAAGAAUGAUCUUGAACUCACGCGCAAGGCCCUUGAGGCCCAGAAGGGGAAGAAUUCGACUGACCAUGAACUCUCUCAAGUAGCCCAGGUGGCUCUGAAGGGAAAAAAUGAUGAGAUUAUCAAGUUGAAGAAUGAUCUUGAACUCACGCGCAAGGCCCUUGAGGCCCAGAAGGGGAAGAAUUCGAUUGACCAUGAACUCUCUCAAGUAGCCCAGGUGGCUCUGAAGGAGAAGAAGGAUGAGACUAAAA